GUGACCUCCCACGUGGGGAGAAGGCUCUCGAGAGUGGACGGCAUUGCCUUGGACUGCAUCUCACCUGUACCCCUGCCAACCCUGUGCUUCAAAGUGAACCCAGGGCCGCGCCUGUGCCAGCGGCCAGUCCACUGCUGAGGGCCUAGCAGAUGCUUCAAAGAUUCUGGAGAAAUCGAGUGACAUGCAACUUCACGGAGUUAAGUGAAGUCCUCGAGCCCGGCCUUGAGGGAUGGCCAGCCUGAGGCCCAGCCGACCUACCUGUAUCAGGGCGGCGUUCAGUGCAGCUGGCUUCCGGAAGUGGCAGAGACAUGCUCGCCAUCGCCUUCAGGUCAACUCCAGAAGGAACCUCAUGGACUUUGCUGAAGGCAUCUGGAGAGAGUUUUUAGAUCCUUAUGAUGGCGACUCAGAAGAUACCCCGGGUCAUUCCACCUACCGAAACUCCCGCCAGCGUGCCUACCGCCUCCUGGGUGACAGGAACCGCAACGCACCUUCCUACACACUGAGGUUCAAGAUUGGGGAGGAGGCCAGUGUGGAAGACUCGCUCCCGCCAAAGGCUCCAGAUCUCACCAUGAAAACUUCUGGCUGGACCCCCAUAGCCCUGGAAGUCAAUGAUGUCGACAUGCAGCCUGAGGGGGAACUAAAGGCACUCAGCCCCCAGGAAGUCAGUGGGUGGCCGGCCAGGCUGUCUCCAUCACCAGAGGACUGGAGGAUGGCAAGGGCUGCCAGCCCCCUCAAUCCUGUGGAGACCCCCGAGAUGAGCAGACACCUGCCCAGCAGAGCCAGAGCAACGCGGCCGCCUCCCCGACUUGGCGGGGAGAGAGACAAGGGGCCCAGGCUGUUGCUGUCCAAGAGGAAGCUGGAGCUUUUACUUUCGGAGCCUGAGAGGACUAAGAGAAAGAAGAAGUAGUGAAGCUGAGCGCGAGCCUGGUGCAGCCGCUGGAGGUUCAGGUCCCAUCUCCUCUCCAGUCUACUGUCAUCCCCAUGGCGGCAGGACAAAGACCACAGGGUUCCCAAGUGCAAAUAAAAAAGGCACCACAA